CGUGACUCGCUCGAGAUUUGAAGUUUGGGUCAAAACUUCACUAAAGCAGAAACUGAAUGAAAGCGACGCCGAUAGCGAUGCCCUGUUAGAAAACCCCUGGAGUCUGCAAGAUCUCUUCGUUUCUCUUUUAAACGCAUUCAUAGAGCAGAUCAUGAUGUCCGAUGCCAGUGAGAUGUUGGCUGCUGCCUUGGAGCAAAUGGACGGGAUCAUAGCAGGCUCCAAGGCCAUGGAUUACUCCAACGGCCUGUUUGAUUGCCAGUCCCCUACAUCUCCUGGGUUUCUGGGUGGUCUUCGGGUGCUGCACCUCCUGGAGGAUCUGCGGGCAGCACUGGAGCUCAUGGACAACGAGGAGCGGAACAACCUGCGCUGUCAGAUCCCAGACUCCACCGCUGAGGGGCUGGCUGAGUGGCUACAUGGGCGAAUGACCAAUGGACACAGCUCUGAGGCAGUCUACCAAGAGCGCCUGUCACGCCUGGAGAGUGACAAAGAAUGUCUCAUACUGCAGGUUAGUGUUUUAACAGACCAAGUAGAAGUUCAAGGUGAAAAGAUUCGAGAUCUGGACUCUUGCCUUGAACAACACCGUGAGAAGUUAAAUGCUACCGAGGAACUGCUGCAGCAGGAGCUUUUAAACAGGUCAGCGCUGGAAACUCAGAAGCUGGAGCUGAUGACAGAAGUGUCCAGUCUGAAGCUGAAACUUUCUGCAGUAGAGCGGGACCACAGAGACAGUGAGGGCUUGUACCAGGAAGUAACUGACCUACGAUUCAGGGUGACGGAUACAGAGAACGAAAGACUUCUGUGUGAGAAGAAACUCAGAGCUACUAAAGAUGAAAUGCUGCUCCUACAGACGCAGUUGGAUGAACAAGAGUUGGAGCUUACGAGACUGAAGGAUGAGGGCAGACUGAGAGCAGACAGCUGCAGCAGAGCAGAGGGAGGAGAGAGAGAUACAGAAAUGUUGAAGAUGAGGAGGAUUUUGGAGUCAUUGACAUCUGCCAAUGAUGAGAAGGAACAAAGAAUAAAACAACUUGAGGAGUCCCUUACAAAGUGCAAGAAAGUUCAAGAGAUAGACAAAGAGCGAUUUAGGGAAGAUGACUAUGCUGAUAUCCAAGAGGAUUCGUCAUAUCCAGUGUCCAUGGAGGUGGAUCAGGUCAUGGUGGAGACAGGAAGGAGCUCUGGAGAGUCUAUUCCAUGUAUAGCAGUUCUUUCUGAAAUGAAUGAAAUGGACAGGGAGCUACAAUUAAAGGCAACACAAAGUCUCGCUGAAGGCCCAGGGAUCUCACAAGAGGAAAGCAAAAAUAUACAGAUAAAAAAUAAUGAACGUACUAAAUCAAGUUCUGAAAGCUUUGGUAAUAAGAGGGUUCGUGCAUCUUUUGGUCGAGGAUUUUUCAAGCUGCGUGGGGGAAAACAUGGUGGUAGCACCUCAACUCUGGAAGUCGAACAUAAAGGCACAGAUCAUCUAGACUUGGCAGGGGUCAGCCCACAAAAAUCUGAAAAACCUUCAUCAACGUCAUCAGAAAUGAAAAAAAAGCCAAAGGGUUUAAUGAAACUUUUUGGCAGACUAAAGAGAAGUCACUCCACAUCUUUUAACCUUGAUGAAGCCGAGAUGGAAUUCCAGAGAGGAGGAGUCAGAGCAACAGCUGGCCCUCGACUCGGAUGGUCACGUGAACCAAAACACCAAGCUGUAAGUGUCCCUUUCUCACAGUGGAGUAAGGAGGAGGUCUGUGCAUGGUUGCAUGAACAGGGCCUGGGACUGUAUGCUGCUCAAGGCCAGACCUGGAUAAAGUCUGGACAAACUCUUUUGCAUGCUUCACAACAUGAUCUGGAAAAGGAGCUGGGCCUUAGACAGCCUCUCCACAGGAAGAAGCUGCAGUUGGCCCUGCAGGCUCUGGGAUUAGAGGAGGACGACCUUCAGGGCAGACUGGACCACCACUGGGUGACCAGAUGGCUGGAUGACAUCGGCCUCCCACAGUACAAGAGUAACUUUGAUGAGGCCCGUGUUGAUGGACGUAUGCUGCACUACAUGACUGUGGAAGACCUCCUGUCUCUGAAAGUGGGCAGUGUUCUUCAUCACCUGAGCAUUAAAAGAGCCAUUCAAGUCCUUCGACUCAACUCGUUUGAACCCAGCUGCCUCAGACGCAGGCCCUCUGAUGAGAAUAAUAUCACACCAGCUGAAAUCUCUCAGUGGACAAAUCACAGAGUGAUGGAGUGGCUCAGAUCUGUGGAUCUGGCAGAGUAUGCUCCAAACCUCAGGGGGAGUGGGGUUCAUGGUGGUCUCAUGGUGUUGGAGCCUCGCUUUAACGUAGAAUCUCUAGCUCUUCUGCUUAAUAUUCCUCCAAAUAAGACCCUGCUGAGGCGCCACCUGGCAACACAUUUCCACCUGCUCAUCGGCUCUGAGGCACAGCGGCUCAAACAGGACUGUCUGGAAAACCCAGACUACACUGUCCUGACGGCCACUGCCAAGGUUAAGCCGAGGCGUUUGUCAUUCGGUACCUUUGGCUCUUUGAGAAGGAAACGCCCGGAUGAUGCUGAUGAAUUUGUCUGCCCUAUGAAUGUGGAAAUGCCCAAGAACAGCAGCUUCCAGAGGGGGGCCCGGGUGUACAAGGACCACCUGGACCACCUAGAACAGAUGGAGGACUCUGAGGGGACUGUAAGACAGAUUGAAGUAUUUUCAGAAGGAAUAAACAAUUUGACAAGCAUGUUGAAGGAGGACGAGUUUUUCCGGGAGGUGACUGUGUGUCCUGAAGAUACAACACCAGAGACAGAAAACUCUUAAUGUGCAAUGUGGUGAAUUAUAAACUUGAGAGGAGAGGUAAUUGUGCCAACACCAACUGUGAGCUGAUCCUGUCCAAACAUUUGUACACACUUUUACUCUGAUCAUUCUGGUUUGUCUCAUUUUAGGAGUUGUAUAGCAGUUAUUAUCUAUAUUUAAAUUCGCGUUUCAUUUGUGGUACUAAG